GACCAGUAUUUGUGUAUUCUACGUUUGGUUUUCCAAAGAACAAAUUUUCGGUGCCUUUUGUCUCUACUUUGACUCACUUCAAUCAAAUCAAAUUGAGCUCAAAACUAGUAAGACACAAAAACCUCGUACCUCAUACCCAUGAAUUCUUGUUCUUGUUCUUCAACUAUGAUCCUCUUCGAUUCACGCCCUUGUUUCAAAUUCAAACCAUUUCUCACCAAUUCACCUUCCUCCUUCGUAAUCAAACACAAACCCAACUUCAAAUUCAAAAGCGAUCAUAGACAAAGUUCCUGCAAAGCAGUAUUCGCCGAUGAUGCACCGUUCGCCGCCGCAAUCGGUGCUUGUAUGCUCACUUCAUUAGUUUUUCCAGUACCUGUCGCCACCGAAGAAGAGGAAGAAUCUGCAAUCACUUCAACUGAUACAAGGUUGGCAGUUAUGGGGAUAAUGAGUUUCAUACCUUAUUUUAAUUGGCUUAGUUGGGUUUUUGCUUGGCUUGAUACUGGUAAUCGACGUUAUGCUGUUUACUCACUUGUUUAUUUGGCUCCUUACCUCAGGUCAAAUCUAUCAAUUUCGCCCGAGGAUAGCUGGUUGCCAGUUGCUAGCAUUCUCUUCUGCAUUGUUCACAUUCAGCUGGAAGCAAGCUUAAGAAAUGGAGAUAUUCAGGGGUUUCAACUAUUUAGGAACGUACUGGGUCAGCAGUCAUCAAGUACGAAGAAGAAAAACCAUUUGAAUCGGCAUCAAGAAAUGUCUAAGGGAAGCAAGGAUGAAAAUAAAAACCUACUAUCUGCCGAAGAACAAUCAAGAGACAUUAGGGGUUGGGAAGAUUCUCAAAGGCCUUUAGAACACCAACAACGCUUGAAUGAUGUCAUAGAUGGUGAUGAUGAAGAGAGGAACAAGCAAUAAUCUAAUAGAUACGUGCAUUUUCAGAUCUUCAACAUCAACGAAACGUGAAGAUUCACACAAGUUUCAUGUCUGUAUGUAAACCUGUCUGAUUAGUCUUUAAUAAAGUAUAGCUUGUUACCUGAAUGUUGUUGUGUUAUGAUCAUAUAUCCUUUUCAUGGGUGGUGUUCAGCUCA